UUGAAAUUUCAUAAACGACUAUAGUUUGAAAUAAAAUUCACUUUUUUUGGCAUUUUGGAUAAUUUCAAAUAUCUUGAAAACUGAAACAAACAAAAAAAAAUUACACAGAGGCUACAGUGACAGUACCAAAUUUCCAGGUGUUUUUUGAAAAAACAAACUUUACCCUGCUUGUUGUUGAGUGCCGUUUGUCUCUUUACUCUCUUCUUCUUGAAGAUGAGCAAAGAAAUGUUAAACAAGGGUUUUUGUUAAAGUUACAAUCUUUGCUCUGUUUGAGGUUCUUACGUUGUGGGCAAUCAAACUUAUUACUAUGGGAAAAUCUCCUGGAAAGUGGCUCAGGUCAUUGUUGCCAGGGAAAAAGUCUUCCAAAUCUGGCACAUCAAAGAAAUCUUCAAAUGAGAAAGCAUCUGUAAUUUCCACCAAUGCGGCAUUGUCCGGUUCGUCUGUCCAUCUGCCAUUGAUAUCUGAACCAGUUGCUUGUAAUGCUGGUGGAAUAAAAGAAGACUCGAACUUUGAGAAAGGAGGGGUCACUAAUGAGGUGAUUCUCCCUUCUAUCGAGCGAGAUGGAGACGAACAGAAUACUUGUCUUACCUUACCUGAGGAUACUGAGAAAAUGAGGCUUGAGCAAGCAGCUACAAAGGCACAAGCUAUUGUUAGGGGUUAUCUGGCUCGCCGAGCAUUUCUUAGGCUCAAGGGGACCAUAAGGCUACAAGCUGCAGUACGUGGCCAUCUGGUCAGAAGGCAGGCUGUUGCUACAUUAUACUGUAUACAUGGCAUUGUCAAACUUCAAGCAAAUAUCCGUGGCCAGAUUGCUAGACGUUCCAGUAUUGGCUGUGAACUAAUAACCAAACAAGGACUUGAAAAACAGGAUGCCAAACAAUUGGAUUAUCAGAGAGCUAAUGCAUCCAAACUAGCACGGGAGCUAUCCACUAACGGAUUCACUACAAAGCUACUUGCUUCAUUACCUACUGGAAUGCCUCUACACCUCCAUUAUGGUCAAGAGGAGCCAAAUUCUAGUCAGGAAUGGCUUGUCCGUUGGACUAUAUCACAGAUUUGGCAACCACGAUCUAAACUGGAAACACUUCCGGGAAAAAAACAUCAAAAUGCUGAAGCAGACAUUGCUAUGUCAAAGCACAGUGUAAGGAAAGUACAUUCUAAAAAAAUGCAGAACGGUUCAAAUCAUUCCACUUCUUCGGGGUCAGAAAAGAAGAAAUCAAGUCAUUUGGUAAACUCUGUUCUUCAGAAUCCAGGAAGUGAGAUUAAGAAGGUAAAACAUAGUUUAAAGAAAACGUCCAGCCCUAUAUUGGAAAAACCAGUUCAGUCUGAGGUUGACACUGAGCGAAAAAGGCAAAGUCAUGACAAAUCAUCAAGCAUGGCAUCUGAUGAACCAUUGAAAAAUUCAGAAGGGACAGUUGAAAAUUCUACUAAUGUGGCCCCACCUCCCGUAGUGGUGGACGAUACUAUCACUCAUUUGGAUAUCCUUUCUGUAUCUGAUACUCAUCACAAAUCGACUACUGAUGCUGCGGAUCAGAAAUCGAUCACUGAUAACAGAGAGGAUGAUACUCCUGUCGCGAAUGAGGAUUUUUGUACUAACCAUGAUAAUAAUGAAGGAAGUGAGAGCAACAAGGUUAACAGAAGAGUUUCUUUACCUGCAAAGCAUGAUGUCGAUGCAAGUACACCCACAACAAGAAAGGUGCCCAGCUACAUGGCUCCAACCAAGUCUGCUAAAGCUAAGCUGAAGGAGCAAGCCUCACCAAGGUUUGGGCAAGAUGUGGCUGAGAAGAAUGCCGUAACCAGACGUCAUUCUUUACCGUCCCCUAUGAAUGGAAAGCUGAGUUCAUCACCAUCACCACGGGUGCAGAGGCUGGUCCAAGCUAGUGCUAAAGAAGGAAUCAAGAUCGACAGAUCUUUAUCGUCUUCAAGGGAUGGUACUGAUAAGAUGACUCGAGCAGAAUGGAAGCGGUAACUCUGCAAGAAUCUCAGAUGUAGCAGGAAAGUAGUACCCGAGGAUCGAUCACUGACAGAACAAAACUUCAUUAUGUCCAUAAUCCUACUUUUGAUGUUAGAAAGGAACUAAAUUAUAAGAUAUAGAUGGUGUGCCUUUUGUUGUCUUUAAAUUUUGCUUGGGAAAUAUUGCAAGAGUUUGUACUUGCUAGACUUUAGUUAUAGGUUUGUCUUGUUAAGGCUUUAGUCAGGUUGAGUUGAUAUAAAAUGUGUGUUUUUAGGCAAAAUCUAUCUGUAUGUUCAGUUAAUGUUUUGCUUUGAAAUGUUUGAUUAUGCAAAAAACACCAAUACAAACGAUUUAUAGCGUUCUUA